ACCUCACGGCUCGGUACUCGUCUACGUCACCGGGUCUCCUGAAGAGAAUGAGCCGAGUGUAGCCUCGCUAGUCUAGCAGCACUAUCAUCACAGCUACUUUUUUUGUUUUGUCGGUGCGUGUGCCCGUUUGGUUAGAUCACAAACAACCAUGGCUGGAAGUGCAGGGGAAUGGUGUCUGAUGGAGAGUGACCCGGGAGUGUUCACAGAGCUGAUCAAAGGCUUCGGCUGUAAAGGUGCCCAGGUUGAGGAGAUAUGGAGCAUGGAGCCAGAGAACUUCGACAACCUCAAACCAGUUCACGGAUUGAUUUUCUUGUUCAAGUGGCAGCCAGGCGAGGAGCCUGCCGGCUCAAUAGUACAAGAUUCGAGGCUAGAAAAUAUCUUCUUUGCCAAACAGGUCAUAAACAAUGCCUGUGCCACCCAGGCCCUAGUCAGUGUGCUGCUCAACUGUUCCCACUCUGACAUGUUGCUGGGGGAAACACUGACAGAGUUCAGAGAGUUCUCACAAAGUUUUGACGCUGCAAUGAAAGGCCUGGCUCUAAGCAACUCUGAAGUUAUCAGACAAGUUCACAAUGGCUUUGCCAGACAGCAAAUGUUUGAAUUUGAUGCAAAGUCUUCAGCGAAGGAUGAGGAUGCCUUUCACUUUGUCAGCUACGUCCCUGUCAAUGGUAGACUGUAUGAGCUGGAUGGACUCCGGGAGGGACCAAUUGACUUGGGUGUUUGCAACCAGGAUGACUGGAUCAAUGCAGUUCGCCCAGUGAUCGAGAAGAGAAUACAGAAGUACAGUGAAGGGGAGAUCCGCUUCAACCUGAUGGCCAUCGUUUCAGACAGGAAGAUGGUGUAUGAGCGGAAGAUAGCAGAGCUUCAGACCCAGCUUACAGAGGACGAACCAAUGGACACGGACCAGAGUAGCACUUUUCUGAGCUCCAUCCAGUCAGAGAUUGCCAAAUACCAGUUGCUUAUUGAGGAGGAGAAUCAGAAACUCAAAAGAUAUAAGGUUGAGAAUAUUCGACGAAAGCAUAACUACCUACCUUUCAUUAUGGAGCUACUAAAAACACUAGCAGAACAUCAACAGUUGAUACCCCUAGUGGAGAAGGCCAAAGAGAAGCAGAGUGCCAAGAAAGCACAGGAAGCCAAGUGAGAUCAGGCUGCAGCAUUGAUGCUGCCCCAAAAAACACACGCACACCCAUCCACCAUCAUCCUGUCUACACUUGCAUGCCUAAACGCAGGCAUAUUCAACAAAUGCACGGACAAACACAAUCCUGGUCAAUAGUCCAUCAAAACUCUCAUUUCCUACCAGACACAUCAGUUGCCGUGGUAGACUGAAAAGAUUGAACUGUGUGUACAUAUUACGAAAGGAAACACCUUCCACUUGACCAUAUGUCUGUCAGCUGCAAUGCAUGAUUGAAGGAAAGCUGUGUUCAAAUGUUGUCUUAUUUUCAUAAUAAAAUGUCUAGAUGUUUGG